CUCCACAGCGAUCGACGAACUUGCAUGUUGAGCAGGGCGACAGACCCCCAGGUCGUGUGACCGAUGAAUUCUGCGUGUGGUGAUCGGCGGUGGGAUAUAUAGCUGGUGUGUUGCCAUGGCCAUUCCACGAGGUCCCUGCGUGCGAGGAGAAUCGAGGAAGACCAGGAAACAGCCACGGAUACCUCGCAGAGGAAGUAAAGCGAUAUGUCUGCCGAAGUGCAGAGCGCAGCCCAGGGGCCUGCCCCGCCGCAGGGCGUGUACAAGGAACUGCAAAAGAACCCGUAUCUGCUGGGUCUCUCGGCGUUUUCAUCCCUUGGAGGUUUCCUCUUCGGCUACGAUCAGGGUGUCGUGAGUGGUGUCCUCACCAUGGAAUCUUUCGCCGCAAAGUUCCCGCGCAUAGCAACAGACAGCAGCUUCAAGGGGUGGUUCGUGUCGACGCUGUUGCUGCUAGCGUGGGCAGGCUCGCUCGUCAACGGCCCUGUAGCGGAUCGCUUCGGGCGAAAAGGGUCGAUUGAGAUUGCGGUCGUGAUUUUUACGCUGGGGUCUGCGCUGCAGGCGGGCGCGGUGGACAUCCCUAUGGCUUUCGCUGGACGCGCUAUAGCAGGCUUCGCGGUGGGUAUGCUCACCAUGAUUGUGCCCAUGUACAUGAGCGAGAUCUCGACGGCGGGGAUCCGGGGCACUCUCGUCGUGCUCCAGCAGCUUUCCAUCACGCUUGGUAUCCUCGUCAGCUACUGGCUUGAAUACGGUACGCAGUACAUCGGCGGGACGCGGUGCGCGCCUGACAUCCCGUACUCGGGGGGAACUUUCUCGGACCGCACCUUCGAUCCCUAUAACGAUGUGGGUCCCAACGGCUGCACCGGCCAGAGCGAUGCCUCGUGGCGGGUUCCUUUCGCGCUGCAGAUUUUCCCCGCGCUCGUCCUCGGCAUCGGCAUGCUCUUCUUCCCAGAGUCGCCGCGCUACUACUGCAUGCGAGACAACGAGGAAGCGGGCGUGAAAGCCCUUGCGAGAGUGCGGCAGACCAGCCCGGACGACGAGAUGUUGCAGAAGGAGUAUCUCGCCAUCAAGGCCGAAGUCAUCUUCGAGGAGUCGUUCAACCGCGAGACGUUCCCCGGGAAGAAAGGAGUCUCGCUGUAUCUCGCGGGGUACACCACGCUGUUUUCUACCUGGCCGAGCUUCAGGAGGACCGCGAUUGGGUGCUGUGUCAUGUUCUUCCAGCAGUUCAUCGGAUGCAACGCGAUUAUCUACUACGCGCCCACCAUCUUCGGGCAGCUCGGCCUCUCAGGCAAAACAUCUGGCCUCCUCGCCACAGGCGUCUACGGCAUCGUGAACACCCUCUCGACGCUGCCCGCACUGUUUCUCAUAGACCGCCUCGGCCGCCGCCCCCUCCUCCUCUCCGGCGCCGCAGGCACCUUCAUCUCUCUAGUCAUCAUCGGCGGCGUCAUUGGCGGGUACGGCGACACGCUCAGAGACCAUCCUGCGGCGGGCUGGACAGGCAUCGCCUUCGUGUACAUCUACGACGUCAACUUCAGCUACAGCUGGGCGCCCAUCGGCUGGGUUCUGCCCAGCGAGAUCUACAACAUCGGGACCAGGAGCAAAGCCAUGAGCCUGACGACGAGCAGCACGUGGAUGUGCAACUUCAUCAUCGGGCUCGUGACGCCCGACAUGCUCGAGAAAAUCGGGUGGGGCACGUACAUUUUCUUUGCGGCGUUCGCGCUCAUCGCUUUUGUGUUUACGUGGUUUUUGAUUCCCGAGACGAAGGGCAAGUCCCUCGAAGAAAUGGACGCCGUGUUCGGCGACUCCACGGCGGCCGAGGAGAAAGCGCGCCUCUACGCCAUUGCGACGAGCCUGGGGCUCGAGGAAGCGCAGGCCGCGGCGCACGAUGUCAAGGAGGGGAAGGCGCUGCAUGCGGAGGCGGCAGAGGCGUAAAUGAGAUCUUGUGUAGGUACUGCGCGGGCACAGCUCGCGCGGUAGCGUCGCGUAGGGUGUUGAGAAGGCGAUUGGGGUCGUAGAACCCAGAUGGAUAUAUGAGGGGUUUGUGUCGUUUACCGAUACCCGCUUUGCAGCUAUCUAUCACGCAGUCUGCUCUCCAUUGCUAUGCUACGAUUGCCU